AUGAUGAAAACGGAGUCUUCAGGAGAAAGAUCAACCCUCCGAAGUGCCUCUCCUCACAGGAAUGCUUACAGAACUGAGUUCCAGGCGCUGAAAAGCACCUUUGACAAACCGAAAUCAGAUGGAGACCAAAAAACGAAAGAGGAAGGAGAGGCCUCGCAGAGCAGGGGAAGGAAAUAUGGCUCAAAUGUCAAUCGGAUUAAGAACUUAUUUAUGCAGAUGGGCAUGGAGCCCAGUGAAAGUGCUGGAGUUACCCCUAAAACCAGGGGGAAGGGUGGCCCUCCAUCACCUCAAAGACGAAUUAGGCCCAAAGAAUUUGUAGAAAAAGCGGAUGGUUCAAUUGUAAAAUUGGAAUCGUCCGUCUCAGAAAGGAUUAGUAGAUUUGAUACUAUCCACGAUGGUCCUUCCUAUUCCAAGUUUACUGAAACUCGGAAGAUGUUUGAGCGAAAUGCUCAUGAAACGGGACAUUCCAAUCGCUAUUCCCCAAAGAAAGAGAAAGUCGUUUCCAAUGAGCUUCCAGAUGAAUGGUGCAGCUCGAAGUCUCACAGAGGCAGCACUGAUUCGCUGGACAGUCUUAGCCCAAGGACAGAGACCGUCUCUCCAACUGUGAGUCAGCUCAGCGCAGUUUUUGAAAACACUGACUCACACAGCGUAAUCGUCGUAGAAAAAUCGGAGAACAAUGAAGAGUACUCUGUGACUGGCCACUAUCCGCUAAACCUCUCCUCUACUGUUGCAAAUAUCUCCUCCCCAGUUGCAAACCUUGAGGGCUUCAGUCCUCUGAAAGAUACCAGCACGUGGUCUCCGCCAGCCAAACAGAGUACAGGCUUGAUGUCUGCUGAGAACUCUCAGCAGAAUAGCGCGCCUUCAGCACUGAGACAGAAGGCGUCCACAGGCACUUCGGCAGGUUCGAGAACAGCUGAAGAAAUAAAGAAGAGUACAGAGGCAAAUGCUGAUUCUGUUGAGAGCUCCGCAGCGAGUCAACAGGAUUUGGUCAGCGUGCUUGACAGCGAAAGAUCUGUGGACGGCUGUGCUAGGAGUAAGUCAAAAACAGAGGCAGAAGUUUUGUUGCAACAAAAGGAAGGGUCAGAGCAUGCAGAGGGUAUCUUUGAUAGACCCGAAGCUGCAGAAGUACCAAGAAAUGUAGCUUCAGGUGGUGAUUUUGCCACAGAUGCCGUUUCAGACGCUACUGAGUCCCAUUAUGAUGAAGCAAGUGAAAAAGAAGUGCAUGAAGAUGUGAAUAAUUUUCAGAGUUCCCACGUGUACAUGCACUCUGACUACAAUGUAUAUCGGGUACGAUCGAGAUAUAAUUCUGACUGGGGAGAGACAGGUACAGAACAGGAUGAUCAGGAUGACAGCGAUGAAAAUAACUGUUAUGAACCUGAUAUGGACUAUUCUGAAAUUAAUGGAUUGCCAGAUGAAGAUGAAAUCCCAGCCAACAGAAAAAUACAGUUUAGCCGUGCUCCAAUUAAGCGCUUUGUAAUUUCCUCGGCGGCGUCAAGCAGCGUAAGCCGGGGCGCGCUGCCAGCUGCAUCAGGUCACUGCGCGGCCACGCCGCUGCGGGCAGGGACCCGGGAAGGGCAGCUGGAGAAUCCCGAUGGGUCCCUGGGGGCUCGCAGGUCUUUGGGCUCCUGUGCUGCCUCUCUGACAGCACUGCCAAUUCGGCGUGCUGCUAGGAGGUCGUGA